GAGAGUAGUUUAUGCUGAAACAGAUGAAAAUCAAUAUUGUGAAGUUCUCGGAGUGCUUGGCUAAAAGUUGUUAAAACACUGCGCCGAAACUUUGGUUUGUUUUUCAGGCAUUACCAAUUGUAGAAUGCAAUGAACCCAGUGCCAAACCGUGACUUUAUGGAGGUGCAUCCGUUGCAUCAGCAUCAACCACAUUGCAAGCAGCAAUGCUUUGUGUUCACGGAAAUAGCAGACAUUGAGCUGCCAGCGGAAAUAACAAAGUUUGGCGGUGGCAAUGAAAAACUGCGUUGCUCCAAUGGCGGCAUACCAACGUAUAAUGCAAAAAAGGACUCUUGCAGUGAGUCGUCCGCCGAGCGUCCUGGACGUUCGCGAAGCCGCCGAAUUCUAAUAGGCAUUUGCCUUGUUCUGGUCUGUAUUGCCAUGGCCGGUGGCAUUCCACUGGCUCUGCAAUUGCGCUCCUCGUCGUUGCUGGAGGCACGCUUAGCCUUCAUCAGACGCUUGUUGACCGAAUCGCCGCUAAUCGAGGGCUCCUGGAAGCCACCAAGUGACAUCAAGACAAACAAUAGUGGUCUGGCCGAUAUACGACAGAAUCAUAUUGGUGCUGUCCUUUGGCCCAUUGCGGUGCACUGCGGCGCGCAGUAUCUAGAUGCAGUGCAACUCGCCCUGGAGGGCAUCGACGAAGCCAAGCGCAUUACAGCGGCUAGUAAUUCCAUGCACAUUGUCGAGUCUGCCGACGAGAUGGAGCAAACCCAUAUCAGGGGUGAGGUGGCCGUUUUAAUGGGCAUUGGCGGUGGCCAUGCCUUGGGCACUAGCCUCGCUGUGCUUCGUUCGAUCUAUUUGUUGGGGGCGCGCUUCGUGUCGGUGACUAGCCUGGAAUGCACAACUCCUUGGGCUGCGGCGGCCAUACGGCGACGAGAUUAUCUCAUUGAGGAAAAUGCAACCAAUUCGCUCAACGAAUUUGGCAAGACGAUGCUCUUCGAAAUGAACCGCCUGGGGAUGUUGGUGGAGAUAUCACAGCUCAGCGAAGCAGCCAUGGUUAUAGCCUUGCGCACUGCCAAGGCACCGGUGCUGCUCAUGAAUGCUGCACCCCUUUCCUUAUGCAAUGGCACCAAUGUGGCUUCUAUUCCGGAUCAUGUGCUCAGUUUAUUGCCAGAAAAUGGUGGAGUCAUUUUGCUGAAUUUGGAGCGAUGUGGCGAUCGAUCAAUUAGCGUUAAGGAGGCAAUACUUGCCAUCAAUUAUGUCCGCAAGGUGGCUGGAGUUGAUCACAUUGGACUCGGUGGCGCACCCAAGAGCUAUGCCCUGCUACUAGCUGAGUUGGCCAGGGAUCGGGUUUGGGGCAAUGCUGCCAUCAAGAAACUGGUUGGCGGCAAUGUUAUGAGAAUUCUGCGCGAAAUCGAAGCCCUGAAAAAUCGCUUACCCUUAUAUGAAGAGUGGAUACCAAAUGAAUCUAUCGAAAGCAAUUCCUAUUGCCGUUAUCCAGAGUCGUAAAUAAUCGCACACUCUUGAACCAUUUAUUUCUGUCGGUUGUUUACUUAAACCUAGAUAAAUAAAUCUCAAAAUUAUGUAGUCAAAAACUACAAGUAAUUUUUCGACUGCAAAGUGAAGUUCAAAGAAGUAAGAAAUAAUUAUAUUUUCUGCU